AUGAUAACAGCUCUGCUUGUUGCCAUUUUGCUAGUGCUUCUUACAGUGUUAUUCUUAGCUUACCGCAGGUGGGAAUGUUCCUCGUUUGUGAAAACCAUCGACCUGAUUCCCGGUCCCAAGAAAAGGCCUAUUGUGGGAAAUGCCACGUCAUUGCCAAGAGAAAGUGAUGAAAUUAUGCAAACCAUCCAAGGCAAGUGGAUAAAGCAAUUUGGCCGCAUCUACCGAAGUUGGCUUGGAUUCCGUACGUUUGUGCACAUAUCUACUCCACAUUUCGUAGAGAAAAUUUUAACAAGCCAGACAUUUAUCGAAAAAGGUAAAUCCUACAGUAUCCUCACCCCGUGGCUUGGUGAAGGACUCUUGUUGGCAACAGGGGCUAAGUGGAAAAAGAACCGUCGGCUUCUCACUCCGGCAUUUCACUUCCAGAUUCUUGACAACUUCUUUGAUGUCUUCAACAAAAACGCCGAUAUUCUCUGUGAUCAAUUGGCCAAGGCUCAAAGUUCUGAGGGCGUCAAGGAGACGGAUGUCUUUCCAUUUUUGAAAAAAUGCACUCUGGACAUUAUAUGUGAGGCUGCAAUGGGUAUUAAGAUAAACGCACAGCUAGAAGAUACGGAAUAUAUUCGAAAUGUUCACAGGAUUUCGGAGAUUGUUGUCGAGAGAUUCUUUUCCUUCGGUCAUUUUCUUCCGGAUUGGGCAUAUCACUGUACAUCAAAGGGGAGAGAACAUUUCAAAAUAUUGAAACAAAUUCACGGUUUUACUUCGAAGGUGAUUCGGGAACGAAAGGAAGAGAUUGCUCGUGAGGAAGUGCAAAAUAAUGACGCUGAAAAUUCUGAAGAAAUAAAAAAUCGAAGAGCUUUCUUGGACUUGAUGUUGCUUGCUGUUAAGGACGGAGUUGAACUUAGUGAAGUGGAAAUUCGUAACGAAGUUGACACAUUCAUGUUUGAGGGUCAUGAUACGACUGCUUCCGCACUAGUUUGGUUUCUCUAUUGCAUGGGCACAAAUCUAGAACACCAAGAAUUAGUUCGAGAGGAGUUAAACGAUGUGUUUGGAAACUCUGAUCGUUCAUGUACGAUUGAAGAUGCUAACAAAUUGAAAUAUCUUGAAUGUUGUAUCAAAGAAUCACUUCGUCUAUAUCCGGCCGUGCCAAAUAUCACGAGAUAUAUAAGUGAAGACUUUGAGUUGGGAGGAUAUAAAAUUCCAACCGGUGCGUCUCUUUCAGUGCAAAUCUACGCACUUCAUAGAAAUGAGGAUUAUUUUCCCGAUCCUAACAUUUACAAGCCGGAACGUUUCCAAAUGGACGAAAGCAUUGGUAGACAUGCGUUCGCUUUCGUACCUUUCAGCGCCGGACCUAGAAAUUGCAUUGGUCAGAGAUUUGCAAUGUUUGAGGAGAAAGUUUUGGCGUCGGCUUUGCUACGUCGGUUCAAAAUUUCUUACAACCUAGCUAAACAUGGACCAUCCAAAGCCAACGCAGAAUUAGUGUUAAGACUUAAACAUGGCAUGCCACUUAAUCUCGUGUCAUUCUCAUGAUGUAUUACUUGUACAAUAAUGAAGUUACUUGAAACUGAGUGGAUUACAAUUCGAUUAGCAGUUUUUUUUAAAUACAUAAGUGUUGGUUGGAA